AUGAAGGCCUCUCUGCCAUUGUCUGUGGUGUGGCAUGCCCAGUCGAAUUCCAUAAGGCUAAGAGGUGUCCUGAAACUGUGGCUGUGUGAGCUGUGGCUUCUACUAAUGGGCUCGGGUUUGAACGCCAAACUUCCGCUUGAAGAGGAUGUAGACUUUAUCAAUGAAUAUGUGGAUCUCCACAAUCAGCUCCGAGGCACCGUCUUCCCCCCAGGGGUUAACCUGCGCUUCAUGACUUGGGAUGUAGCUUUAUCACGUACUGCCAGAGCAUGGGGGAAGAAAUGUAUGCUUCAUCGUAAUACUCAUCUAGAUAAAGUCCAUGAGGCCCAUCCGGUAUUUACUGGUAUUGGAGAAAACAUGUGGGUUGGUCCUGAACAGGAAUUUACUGCAAGCAAUGCUAUCAGAAGUUGGCAUGAGGAAAGGAAGAGUUACAGUUACUUAAAUGACACUUGCAUUGAGGAAGAGGACUGUUCUCAUUAUAUUCAGCUUGUGUGGGACAACUCCUACAAAGUUGGUUGUGCUGUUACCAAGUGUGCAAGGCUUGGAGGUAUCACAUAUGCGGCACUUUUCAUAUGCAAUUAUGCACCAGGAGGGACACUGACAAGAAGGCCUUAUCAAGCAGGGCAGUUUUGUACUCGGUGUGGCCCUGAAGACAAAUGCACAGACUUCCUAUGCAGUAAGAUUAAAUAA